GCACCGGAAGACGCCGGAGUAGAGCGAUGGCGGGUUUGGCUGUUAGAGACCCAGCGGUGGAUCGUUCUCUACGUUCAGUAUUUGUGGGAAACAUUCCUUACGAAGCUACCGAAGAACAGUUAAAGGACAUCUUUUCUGAGGUUGGGCCUGUUGUUAGUUUCAGAUUGGUAUAUGAUAGGGAGACAGGAAAACCAAAGGGAUAUGGCUUCUGUGAAUAUCAAGACCAAGAGACAGCACUUAGUGCCAUGCGGAACCUGAAUGGGCGUGAGUUCAGUGGAAGAGCACUUCGAGUGGACAAUGCGGCCAGUGAAAAGAACAAAGAAGAGCUGAAGAGCCUUGGCACUGGUGCCCCAGUCAUUGAGUCACCUUAUGGAGAGACCAUCAGUCCUGAGGAUGCCCCUGAGUCAAUUAGCAAAGCAGUUGCCAGUCUUCCACCAGAGCAAAUGUUUGAACUGAUGAAACAAAUGAAGCUCUGUGUCCAGAAUAGUCCUCAGGAAGCACGGAACAUGCUACUUCAGAACCCUCAGCUGGCUUAUGCUCUGCUGCAAGCACAGGUAGUGAUGAGAAUUGUUGAUCCAGAGAUUGCCCUGAAAAUUCUGCAUCGCCAAACAAAUAUUCCAACACUGAUUACAGGCAACCCCCAGCCAGUCCAUGCUGCUGGGCCUGGCUCAGCACCCGGUGUGCCAAUGAACCAGCAGAAUCCUCAGGCUCCUCAGGCCCAGGCUUUGGGUGGAAUGCAUGUCAAUGGUGCACCUCCUCUUAUGCAAGCCUCUAUGCAAGGUGGUGUUCCAGCACCAGGGCAGAUGCCGGCUGCUGUCACAGGACCUGGCCCUGGUCCCUUAGCUCCUGGAGGGGGAAUGCAGACCCAGGUUGGGAUGCCAGGAGGUGGACCGGUGCCCAUGGAACGAGGACAAGGAACCCUACAGCACUCGCCCGUGGGACCCGCCGGGCCUGCAUCAAUUGAGCGAGUUCAAGUGCCGAUGCAAGACCCCAGAGCAGCUCUGCAGCGAGGAUCUUUGCCUGCCAAUGUUCCAACUCCUCGAGGUCUUUUAGGAGAUGCCCCGAAUGACCCACGAGGAGGCACUUUACUUUCUGUCACUGGAGACGUAGAGCCUAGAGGUUACCUGGGACCACCUCAUCAGGGUCCACCCAUGCACCAUGUCCCUGGCCAUGAAAGCCGUGGACCACCCCCACAUGAGAUGAGGGGAGGGCCUCUAGCUGAGCCUAGACCUCUAAUGGCCGAGCCAAGAGGACCUAUGCUAGAUCAGAGGGGUCCACCAUUGGAUGGCAGAGGUGGACGAGAUCCACGAGGAAUGGAUGCACGAAGUAUGGAGGCUCGAGCCAUGGAGGCAAGAGGAUUAGAUGCCAGAGCAAUGGAAGCCCGUGCUAUGGAGGCUCGUGCCAUGGAGGCUCGCGCUAUGGAGGCCCGUGCCAUGGAGGCCCGUGCCAUGGAAGUCAGGGGGAUGGAGCCCAGAGGCAUGGAUCCCAGAGGCCCAGUGCCUGGUCCUAGAGGACCUCUACCUGGUGGAAUCCAAGGUCCCAAUCCAAUGAAUAUGGCAGUUGGCCCUCAGGGAGGUAGACAGGUCCCAGUCAUGCAGGGAGCAGGGUUGCAAGGAGGAAGUCUGCAGGGUGGAAGCCAGCCUGGUGCCUUUAGUCCUGGGCAGAACCAAGUCACUCCACAGGAUCAUGAGAAGGCUGCUUUGAUCAUGCAGGUUCUUCAGCUGACUGCAGACCAGAUUGCCAUGCUGCCUCCGGAGCAAAGGCAGAGCAUCCUAAUUUUGAAGGAACAAAUCCAGAAAUCCACUGGAGCGCCUUAAAAGGGUUUCAAAGCUACCUGGCAACAUAAUCUGGAAAUUACUUCCCUACUUUGUUGAAAUGUUGCAAAAAAGAUGGCUUCAGUAUCCUAAUUCUUGACUGACUUGUUGGUGCCAGGUGGAGGAUUUCCAUCACCUUCUCUCAGAAAAAAAACAAACUGUUCCAUUUUGUUGUCUCAGUUUGUAAAUUUUCUGUGACUUGAAAUAAACUAUCAACACCAUUUUAGUACACUGCAGAUUGAUACACAUGACCUUUUGGGGGGUUUAAACAGCUCAACACCAAGGGUAAAACCUUAGAUGUGUUUUCUACCCUUCCUUCAGCAUUGUAAUUUGAGAUUAUAUUGUCACUCGCUCUUUAGAUUAACCAUUCAUUCUUCUUGAUAAUACUUGAGAAUUUCUUAGAAGCAAGGCUUUCUUGAAUUUAUUAGUAUUUGCUUAAUUUGCUUCCAACAAGAAUAAUAAGCCUUCUGCCUUUGGAAACUUUGUCAAACUUACAAGUCUUCUGGGAGAAAAUAGCACAUGCUUAGAGCUGUAAAACGAUUACAAGGCCAGCAAAGCGAAGAGUCUAGCACAGCAAUGUGUUUACAAAAAUCAAAAUAUCUAAAUGCAUUUUUUUGUCAAUAGCAGAUCUGAACAUGCAUAGUUCAGAAUUAAAACAAAGGUUGUGUUGGCACUGGUCUGAGUGUAUCAAUAGAGGACACUGUUGAAAUUCUCUCAUUGUAUAACUUCAGUAUGGCAGUCAACUUCUAAAGUUGAAAAACUCAACUAACUUUCACAUGUUUGAGGUUAAAAAAACAGUCAAGUGAGCAAAAUAUGUUUCAUCCUAUCUUUCAGGAAAUCACUAACCUGCUGCCCUAUGUUAUAAGCCAGAUUUAUUCUGGGAAUUUAAGCAGAAAGCCUAAAACUUUUGCAUUAUUCUCAAGAAGACCAAAUGUAGAGAACAAGUAUUCAGGUUGCCUGUUAGGUCUGCCCUUGCUUCUUACCUUGCAGAUAUUUCUGAAUAUAAUCAGUGCUCUAACAUGGGGUCCUCUGCCUAUUCUCUCUCAUAGUGGCAUUAAGGAGAAACAUAGUUUCUCUCCAUCAGGCCAACCUCAAGAGGUUAUAAGUUGCCUUAAUCCUUAGUGAAGUUCUAUUGGAACUACUUUUGAUUCUAUUUGUAUUCUCGGAAUCCUUCCCACAGGGCUAGGAUUAUGGUCAGGUGUAUUAAAAGCCUGUGUAGACUUAGAGAAUGUAAUAGCAUAUUGCUUUACAUGUCAAGCAGCAGAAUGCAAAGAUAAUCAGCCUGAUAGACAUUGAAAUGGAGGGAUUUUCUAUUCUGAUACAAAAUCAUUUACAAUAGAAAUGUGCUGAGUAAGCUAUUUCUUACUAACCUGGUGAAGAAAAUGUGCGGAAACAGCUGAGGAGCUUUCUGGCUAUCCUGCACAUCCCCAGUUCAGCUUGGAUGGUAGUGAUGCAUAGAGUUUAUUAUUUUCAUUAUCUUUUGUGUUUACUUCCAUGACUAUCAGAAGGACCUUCAAAUGUUAAUUUUGGCAACAUACUGAAGUGUUAGUAUAUUUAGACAGCCUUUCUCAUUAGGAACUCACAUUUCAGGGGACACUAGCAUUCCAAAUUCAAAGGCCUUCAAGAUGCGAUUAUUUGAUCAAUAAUUCUCUAACAAAAACUUCAUUUUCAAGGUUCCAUUAUAUGUUUUCUCAAAGACACAUUAACUUAAUUUAGGUAACCUGGAUUCAAGUGAACAAAUCAGAAACAGCACUAGUAUCCCAGUCUAUCCCUACAGAAGCACCUAUCACUGUCUUACUGGUGUAAUAAAACAGUUAACUACCAUGGGUCCAUGGGCUGCAUUUAUUGUGUUCAGACUAGUGACUGAAAAACCAAGCUCACUAAUCCUUCCUGAAUAGUUAGUAACAAUCAUUUGUUCAUUCUUGGCCAGUUGAUGGUAGAAAAAUUGAUGCUAUAAUGCUAAUUCACUGGGUACAUUAUUAAAGGUCUAUAGUAGGUGAACUCUGGGUACACUGAAAUGCAGAGUUUUUUCCCUUCUUUUGAGGGCCUGAGGCUUCUUUCCUCCUAGUCAUUGGUGGUGACUACUAAUAUCCCAGAGUGCACAUGUGCUAAUUGUGGGCUAAGGUUAGAUAGAUGACAGAAAUAGAAAGCAUAAGAAGAACAAAUUUUGCUGAUGUCAUUUGAUGAAGCCAAAAAAAAAAAAGCUAUUGAAAUUGUAAAGUCUUUAUUUUUAAACUAGACAUUAAUAAAUCCUUUUAAUAAAAACAGUGAUAAAGAGCCUUUGUGUUGAACAAAUAAGUCAUCCCAAAAUGGAGUUUAAGGUUUUUUUUUUUUUUUUUUUGGUUAUUUUCAGCAGAAUAAUAGAAACUGACAGAAUAGCUCACUUUUCAAUUAUAAUGGAAUUUCAAUUAUAAUUUACAUACUUUCAAGAAUUUCUUUUCCAAAUGGAAAGCCCAAAAUAUAACAAAAGAUUGAUUCACUAAGCAAAGAAGAAAAUCCUUCAGUUUUUGACAAGCAGGAUUAAAGCAUAAAUUGCUGUUCACACUGGAUAAGAUUAUGUUUAAUGUAACAGAGUAUGUGCAGUUGAUAUUAUGUGGGGUUAGAGUUCUUGAUAAUUUUAUGCUCAUUGUUUAUUUAUGUUUAUGUUUUGUCAUUCAAUAAAUUUUUAUUUAAAAAG